AUGGAAAUUGAAAUCUUAUGCACAAAGCUCAUAAAGCCAUCUUCACCUACUCUCUCUCACAAUCAAUGUUACAAGCUCUCUUUCUUUGAUCAAAUAGCUGAGAGAGAACACAUUCCUAUUGUUCUUUUCUAUCCUUCUAAUAAUUUCAAUAGCCCCACUAUCGAUGAACGACUUGAGGAAUCCCUUUCUAAGGUAUUAACUCACGUUUAUCCAGCAGUAGGAAGGUACGACAAAGAUGAAUGUUCGAUUCUUUGCCUUGAUCAAGGUGUUCCCUACACUAAGGCCAAGGUCAAUUGUAAGCUAGAUAAUUUCUUGGAGAAAGCACACAAGGAUCUUAGUCUUGCAGCUUUAUUUUGGCCACAUGAAAACAAGAAUGUGGAUCAAAAUAAUUUUAUGGUAUCACCAAUUGUCACCAUUCAAGUAACAAAAUUUGAAUGUGGUGGCCUAGCUUUAUCAUUCAGUGCUUCACACCCUGUAAUUGAUGGUUUCACAUGUUUGAAUUUUCUGUUUGGAUGGGGAAAAGUGUGUAGAUUGGGAACUCCCAUUGAUAAGAUUAAUUUUCUAAGCUUCAAUUUAGGUCAUGUUUUUCCAACCAGAGAUAUAUCAGGUCUUUUCAAGUCAACCCAUGUAGAAAAUAGAGAAGAAAAUAUUGUUGUUAAGAGAUUUGUCGUCCAUGAAGCUGCUCUAUCAAGGCUCAGAAAACAAUGCAUUGAUGAAUCAGGUGGAGCUUUGAAUUUUCAACCUUCAAGGGUUGAAAUUAUUACAGCAAUCCUAUGGAGGGCUUUAAUCCGCAUUUCAGCAGCUAGAAAUGGAUAUUUCAGGUCUUCUCUAAUGGACUUUCCAUUGAAUUUGCGCUCUAAAUCAUCUUUACCUCAAGUAAACAACUCUAUGGGAAAUUUUAGAAUCGAUGUUCCAAUAAAAUUCAUUCCAGGGAAGACUACGAUGGAAUUACACAACUUCAUAAUAUUAAUUAGGAAUAGUGUGAAUAAAGUUGUUGCUUCAUGUGCCAACGCUUCACCAGAUGAAAUAGUGUCAACAUUGGUUAAUAUAUAUAACGAAAGCUUUGAAGCACCAGAAUGGGGAGGUAAUGAUGAAGUUGACAAAGUGGCAUGUUCAAGUAUGUGCAAGUUCCCUUUGCAGGAUAUUGAUUUUGGUUUGGGAAAACCGUCUUUAGUAUAUUUUGGUUUGAAAGAUAUGGAAAUAUUUUGGUUAUAUGAUACAGAUUGUCACACUGAAGUUGGUGUGCAAUUGGACUUGAAGGAAAGUUGCAUGCAAUUAUUUGAGUGUGACAACGAUAUCAAAGCUCUCAGGUUUAUACGUGAUGCAAAACUUUGAUGAUAUAUCGUUUUAAUUUUUCAUUAUGUUGUUGGUACUUGUUUUAGUUGUAAUAAUAUGUUGUUAUAAUUAUUAUCUUCUCGUCGCUAUUUAUGUCGCUAUGAUUUUCUUAUCUUAUUAAGAUUUUCUUUUUCUUUUUCAAAUGGAAUUGCAUCACUUCAUAAUAUUAAUCAGGAAUACUGUGAAUAAAGUUGUUGCUUCAUGUGUCAACGCUUCACCAAAUGAAAUAGUGCCAACAUUGGUUAAUAUAUAUAACGAAAGCUUUGAAGCACCAGAAUGGGGAGGUAACGAUGAAGUUGACAAAGUGGCAUGUUCAAGUAUGUGCAAGUUCCCUUUAAAGGAUAUUGAUUUUGGUUUGGGAAAACCAUCUUUAGUAUAUUUUGGUUUGAAAGAUAUGGAAAUAUUUUGGUUUUAUGAUACAGAUUGUCACACUGAAGUUGGUGUGCAAUUGGACUUGAAGGAAAGUUGCAUGCAAUUAUUUGAGUGUGACAACGAUAUCAAAGCUCUCA